UAGCUUCCCGUGUCGCCCUUGCCACCGGGUCAUCGUACGGCACCCCUGCAUUAUCAGCUGCUUUCGAAGUCAGUGGGCGCGGUCGUGUGGAGCGCCGAGGAGGUGGUGGAAUGGGGGUAGGGGCAGGAGGUAUAGUGGGCGCGGGAGGCUGUUGUUCGCAAGGGGCCGGAGGCGUUGUGGGUGGUGCCUGUUGCUCACCAGCGGUGGGAAGGAGCCCGGUGUUGUCAUUCGGGGGGUCGGCGGCGGUCGGUGCAGGCGUACCACCCUGGCGACUGGCCUCCUCUAUGAUCGCCUCGGGCCAGGUUGGCGCUGUUGGUUCCCCACUGGGCUCUUCAGCCUUGCCGAGCUGUAGGCCAGGCAUCACGAAAUCCCCGCGGGAAUGGUGUACUGAAGACAAGCAGAGAUCUACGGCGGAUCCAGAGGAUCAUCCCGAGCUUCCGCUGAUCUUCGCUCACCUGCGCUCACCUGCGCAGAUCUUCGUAGAUACCCGUUCGAUUGUGGUGUAGGGCGUAUAUCGUCGUAUUUGCAGCAUACUGUAACUGUCCGGCAAAGAUAUUCUCGUAAGUUCGUCAUAGUCUCGUCUGUCCCUAGCCACCACCUGCGAGACCAGCUUCCUGCGCAAGCUCUGCAGUCACACAUUAAUGAAAGCAACAGCAGAAUAGUCAUUAAUUACGAGGCUGGAGUACGAUACGGACUACGCAAAGCUGGCUAGACAAGGGUGGAGAUAUCGAUGGUGGCGACAGCAGAAGGGGAAAUCAGUAAGAUCAGC